AUGUCUGAUUAUUCAUCGGCGUUCACUCAUUGUGAAACGGGUAAUUUAUACUCGUUAAAGUCUUUAAUUGAUCAUGUUGAUGCUCAACGACUAGGUGAAAUCAAAGAUAAACAUCGUGCAUCUCUAUUACACUAUGCAGCAAGGCACGGUCAAACUGAUAUUUUACAAUAUUUGAUUGAACAUAAAAAAAUGGAUGCUAAUUUGAAAUCGGAGAACGGAGCCACAGCUGCACAUGAUGCUUCUGUUUGUGAUCGAUUGGAAGCACUAGAAUAUCUAUUCCAUCAAACAGAAUUAAAAUCGAAUGUUCGAGAUGAAAGAGGCGAUUCACCUUUACAUUUAGCUGCUUGGUAUGGUUCGUAUCCAUCGUUAAAGUUUAUGUUAGAAGAUCAGCGUGCUGACGCUCAUAUUCGUUCCUACGAUGGAUCCUUUCCAUUGCAUUACGCAUCGUCCCAUGGUCACAGUGAAUGCGUUAAAUUAUUACUGAAAGUUGCUCCGGACACUGUCAAUGGUCAAACAAUUGCAGGUUUAACACCUCUCUACUUAGCAUGUCAUAUGAAUCAUUUGGAAGUGAUUAAAAUUCUAAUUAGUCGUGGAGCAAAUAUUCGACUUAAAGAUGAAGAUGGACUCAAUUGUUUACAUGCAGCAUGUCGAAAUGCGACGACAGAGGUUGUAGGAUGGCUGCUCGAAAAACAAAAUGCCAAUGUAAAUGAUUGUGAUUAUUCAAAUUAUACACCUCUUCAUUAUGCAGCUAGUAGUCAACAUGAAUCACUAAUCACUUAUUUGUUAAAUCGGGGUGCAAGAAUACAAGCCGCAAGUAAUGGAAAUACACCCUUGCAUGUGGCUGCUGAAUAUGGCAGAAACGGAUCGUGUGCAUUAUUAAUUGAAGCUGGUUGUUCUCCAUUAGAUCAAAAUGUGCAACAUUUGAAGCCAUCUGAUUUAGCUCAACAAAACGGGUUUACUGAUCUUUCAAAUGAAUUGAAAUUACGUGAACGAUCACUCAUUCAUAAAGCUCUCCCGGGAUCAAAUAUUACAUCAGUCACAUCCGUCAAUGACUCUGUGACACAACAUCCAAAGACUUCUGUGGUAAGAUUAGUUGUAAGAAAAAAAAAUGUCAAACGAGCCGAUGUCUCAUUACAAGUGAGUGAAAAUGAAAUAGUCAAUGAGAUAAGACAACAAUCAUCGACACCAUCUGUUGAAAAUGAUACAAAUCGUCGUCGAACUCGACCAUUUGCACAAGAAUUACAAGCAAAAGUUCUAGAGCACGAAGCAAAUAGUCGACGAGAACCUAAUAAUUCCGAUAUAAAUCAAAAUUUUAAUUCAUCUCAUGAUUCAAGUCAACUUUUACAUAGUUUAAAUUCAAUAAAUCAGCGAAAUCAGGCCGGUAAAACUCGGGCAAAAUUACCUCAUGACGUUUACGGACCGUGGAUGAAAAAUUUAGAUCCUGACACAUUUAAAGAGCAAUUAAACACCGUUCAUGCUGGUCUCAGAAAAGUUCGACGAAAUAGUUUAGUUCAACAAGAAAAAUAUAAUAGUGACGAUGUCCAUGUGUCAUCUGCUGAAAAUGAAUAUACUCUGGUUGAUACAAGUAAUAGUGAAAAUAAUGAUAAUACACCAGUUAUUGAAGAAUCGAUACGUGGCAAAGAAUUUUUGAAUAAUCAAAAUAAAUUAACAUCAAAAACUGAAAGUUUUCAAUCGAAAUCAGGCCAAAAUACUAUAAAUUCUGGUCCAAAACAUAACCAAUUUACAGGCGAUAAAACAAACAUAACAAUGCCUCAAUGGCAAAAAGAAUUAAUUGAACGAAAAAAAGGAAUUAAAGCUUGA